AUGGCCGUUGACGAUGCCUCACCUCAGGGAGGCUCAUACCUAGGCGACAAUGCCUCAACCACCAACCCUCCAACAUCGACAACAAGCCCUACCUUCCGACCACCCAACUUCGCCGGUCUAAAGAUCAAACCUGAGCUCCUCGUCCGCCCUGACCUAUUCACACUAUACUUCGGAUUUUUCGGAAACACAAACUGGCAACGCACAGCCAAAGAAAGGAUCGUCGAGCGACUUGAGGGCACAUGGGUCAUGACCGGCCGCAACCCCAGGCAAGAGGAGCUUGACGCAUUCACCGUACACACAACGAGGGGCAUGUACUACGGUCGAGCUGGUAUCCCGGUGUCUACUUUCAUUGGCGCAGCAUGGAUGUACCAAAGGGGGGCGAAAUAUUUCCCAACCGGCGCCAAUGCGAAAGAGCGCUUGCUCUUGAUGCGUCAUAUCUUCCUCACCCAGAGACAGGAGUUCAUGAGUGUAGUAUCCAGGGUUGCGUUCAGGAUGUUCUUCAUCGGCACACUUGGUGGCAUUAUCUCAGGUGUAGCGUCGGCGUACGUCAAUGUGGGUGGGCUUCUUUCCGACCCGCGGUUGGAGCAGUGGAGACGGGACUCGAAGGCUUCGAAGGACGAGGAUAUUCGCAAGCGCAAGAUGCAACUUGCGAGUGACUCGUAUCACAGGGCGCGCAGGUCGGUUGAGGAUAAGGUACAUGUGGGAUCGUCUGACUAUGACUCUGGUGUGCCUGAGGCUCGUGUUAAUGAUUCUUCUAUGAGUGGCUUCGAACCGGCUCAGUCUCAGCAGCAGUACGGCUACGGCCAAUCUUCUGGUAGCCCUUCAACGUAUGAGUCGCAACCAUCUCAGUCAAGCUCUUCCGAUUUCUUCGGCGGGAGCGACGAUGAUGCUAGCCCGACUGCUCCCGAAUACCGAAAUACAAACCCCGAUGGUUCACCUAUGAGCUCUUGGGACCGUAUCAGACAGCAGAAUGCAUCAUCGAGGCCUCAGCCCCCUAUGCGUCAAUCCCCCCAGGCAUGGGGUCAAUCGCAGAACCAGCCUGAGUCUGCUCCUAUUGAUACACAGGACCGGUAUGAUUUCGACAAGAGCCGCGAGAGAGAGCAGGCUCAGGCAGAAUUUGACCGGAUGAUGGAGGCCGAGAGGAAUGCCUCUGAUGAGCCCACUCGACGUGGUUGGGGAUCAUAA